AGACGAUCUGGAAACCUUACGCAUGCGUAACCGCCAAGUUUAAAAGGAAACUUUCGCUGUGUUGUGUUUGAAAUUCCUCCGGUCUACACUAUUUUGGGGUCUUAUAAACAUAGCAACAAUAAUGGCUAGUGUUUUAGAGGAUCCGACCAUGGAGAGGCAUUUCAAAGGUCAUCGAGACACAAUUACAAGCGUUGACUUUAAUCCAAAUAUGAAGCAAUUAGCAUCUGGUUCAAUGGAUUCAUGCCUUAUGGUGUGGAAUUUCAAGCCACAGAUGAGAGCAUACAGAUUCGUUGGACACAAGGAUGCUGUUCUAUCUGUGAACUUCUCCCCCUCUGGUCAUCUGGUGGCCUCGGCAUCCAGAGAUAAGACUGUCCGCUUGUGGAUUCCUAGUGUUAAAGGUGAAUCAACCGUAUACAAAGCCCACACUGCAACUGUCAGGAGCGUGGAGUUCUCAAAUUGCGGUCAGUAUUUGGUGACCGCUUCCGAUGACAAGACAGUGAAGGUAUGGACUGUUCAUCGGCAAAAGUUUCAAUUCUCGUUAAGCCAACAUAUGAAUUGGGUUCGCUGUGCUAAGUGGUCACCAGAUGGUCGCUUGAUCGUGUCGGGCAGUGAUGACAAAACUGUCAAAAUAUGGGAUAAAACAAGUAAAGAAUGUAUUCACACCUUUUUUGAACAUGGAGGGUUUGUGAAUUGUGUAGCAUUUCACCCCAGUGGCACAUGCAUUGCUGCUGGAGGAACAGAUAACACUGUCAAAGUCUGGGACAUUCGCAUGAAUAAGUUGCUACAACACUAUCAAGUUCACAGCGGAGCGAUCAACGGCGUUUCGUUUCAUCCCACGGGCAAUUAUCUUCUAUCAGCUUCUAAUGACUCCACCCUUAAAGUACUGGAUCUUCUUGAAGGUCGUCUCUUCUACACAUUACAUGGACAUCAGGGUGCAGCAACAGCAGCAGCAUUCUCUAGAACUGGUGAAUAUUUUGGCUCUGGUGGCGCUGAUGAACAGGUGAUGGUUUGGAAGACAAAUUUUGACCAGAUUGAUUACAGUGAGGUCUUGGAAUCGCAUAAAGCACGGACUCAAACUCACGCCCCUCCACCACAUAUUCACGACAUCCACCCACGAUCACCGUUGUACCGCUCAUCGGCCACUCAAAAUCCAACAGAAGUUGAUGCCGGCAAGGUGCCAAAGAAUAUGACAGCAGGAACACCUAAUGUUACUAACAUAGGACCAGCAUUGUUUUCACAACCAAAGAUGGACCAGCCAUCUCUUGCUGAGUUUGGGAUCACAUCUGCAGAUCAAGAGAGGCGGGGGUUAGGAGGAACAGGUUUUCCAGAUGUGUCAAUGAUUCAAGGUUCUGCCACUGCACCUUUGGAGGUGAAAGAGAUUCCACCAGGACUCUCCAAAACUCUGGAGACUAUAGUUGGCCAGUUGGACGUACUUACUCAGACAGUUAAUAUUCUUGAACAGCGGUUGACGAUGACAGAAGACAAGCUGCGAGAGGUACUUGAUAAUCAACAGAAGAUAACUUUACAAGUACGUCCAACGGAGUGAGGAAGAGACUAAUUAUGAAGGUGGAUGCUAGAUCCCACCAUGUUUAUGCCGUAGUUAGAGAAUCCAUAUUAUAUAUAUGUAUAUAAUAUAUAUUGUAUGUAUUAUAUAUAUUUUAUAUUGUCUUUUUACUAGUUUUUGAAUACUCUGGCUCGAUGCCAGCGUAUUCAAAGUAUGAAAAGUAUAAA